UCAGCUAAGAUCAGGUCAGAGAGGAAACAUGGUGUUUCUACUAAAAGAAAUCUUCUUGUUGACGAUUGUGGCAUCGGCGCUGACUUUGCCCUGGGGAUCAUAUGUAGAAAUGGAUGGAACUGUCGAUGAUCUUCCCAACGGUAAAGAGGAAAUUUAUCCAGUGGUAGCCAACACGGACUCAAAGCGCGCUGUUCCAGACCUAAUCGUGAAUGAUGAUAAGCCGGCUGUUGAUGGCGAGAGUGAAACAUUCCCAGACACGACCUACGUCGAACGAGGCUGGAUAGUGUAUUCACAACGUUUGAGGAAGUUACGUGUUAAUCCUUUCGGGUUACAAAGAGCUAACAUAACAAAUCUUUUGGAAUUCUUCUUUUGCUCAGCUUUACUUCCCUUUGACGGAAACAAGAAAAUCCGGAAUAAAAGAGGGGCAGUAAUGAGUUCAAAUUAUCUCUGGAAAGCUACCACAGACGCAAGUGGAAAACGCAUCGUCAAGAUCACCUACAGUUACCGUGGCUCUCCACCCGCUGCCGUAAGGAAAUGGGUGGGAGACGUAACCAAUCAGUUGGAACGAGACACAUGUCUCCGUUUUCAAGAGACAGCAGAUGACGGCCACGUACAAAUUUACACAAAUAACAACGACGGCUGUUACACUGACAUAGGGUACCGCACCAAGCCUCAAAAGUUGAAUUUGGGAACAGGUUGUGAGUACAUGGGGAUUGUAAGUCACGAGUGGAUGCACCUUUUAGGAUUCUAUCACGAAUUUACCAGAGAAGAUCGCGACAAUUAUAUUACCGUUUACAAAGACAAUCUUCAGGAAGGUAUAUAUGAUACGGAGUUCAAAAAGCGACGUCAGAAUAACCUAGACGUCUCUUACGACCUUAACAGCGUCAUGCAGUACGAUACAAACACCUUUAGCAAAAACGGAAAACACACUAUGGAGACGAAGUCUAAUCCAAACCGUAAACUUGGGUCGACUUCGCACUUCGAUGCCAACGAUUUGAAAAAAAUCGACAAACUUUACUGCAACGGGGGGAAAAAAUUCAAAGAUCACAAAUUCCACCUGAAAACCGGAACUGGCUGGGGAUCUGGAACUGAUGCAGAACUUUGUAUACAACUGAUUGGCACCAAAGGGGUGACAAGCUUUAGGGAUCUCACAUCUGGAGGGCGGAUCCAGAAUGAAAAGGAACGGGGAGCUGACGAAGAGUACAUUAUGCCAUUUGAAGAUGUGGGAGAAAUAACGAAAGUGAAGGUACGCCUAGUGGAGGAGGGUCAAAGAUGCCCGAGUGACACAAGGAAGAAGAAGAAAAAAAGGUUCUUUAGCUUCGCAGGAUAUACUCUAGGAAACCUGGAAGUGGAUGGGACCUCCUAUGGGGGAAACAUCGAUUUGGACCCGGGAGACGAAAAGACACUUGGCCGCCAGUGAAGAACCGUCACACGAUGAAACAAAACUAUUCCACAUAAACGGGUGAAGUUUUCAACUGACUCUAUGGACACCAGACAAUUAACCCUCACAACUUCUUAACCGGGAAGGGAGAAACUACGUAGAAACUUUUAUGUAGAAUGUGCCUCUCAAGUCUCUAAAUUUAAAAGUUUGCUCUUUCAAAAAAAAAAUACUAGUACCUCUUUCUGAACUGAUCAUAUAUUCCUUUGGUUUGUUGUGACUGAUUAGGCACACAGAGUGAACAAAGAUUUAACUUACAGUUUGCCAGACAUAUUUGUUUACCUUGAAUAGAUGAAAUUCCUCUUAUUUAUGGACUGUAUUAAGCUUUUAAGCUUUUGGACCACAACUCAGAGGAAACGCCCUCUAAGCACCCAUUGAUGACGAGGCCGCUCACAACUUACACCUUGUCAGACAACCCAUACCCGUUUGUAGCAUGAAAAUUUUACAAGGAGUGGUGAUUUUUUGUUUGUUUGUCAAGAAAAAAGUGUUGUAGUUUUAAAUGACCGACAUCUCUGUCACGGAACUAUUUUAAAGCGAUUUCUGUUCAAAGAGCAAAACAUGGACAAUGAAGGAGACGAAAAAUCUUAAACUUUCAGUACUCACCAAACAACAAUGUUCCUUGCCCACCUUUCCCCCUGACUUUGGCAAACUUGAGGAAAAUUUUUAUGCUAGACAAGUUCUUAUGCAAACAGAUGCCCCCUUUAACUAACUAGAUUUCUUUAUCAAGUAGAGAACGUAUCAACAACAAUUCUUUCGAUCCACCAACACAUUCUAAGAAAUUGAAAUCUCGGACUUUUAGCCUGUUCAGGCUAAGAGAGGGCGCGUUAAGCUUAAACGGUUUGAUUUAUCUUUAACUUUGACUUAAACCAUAGUGGACGAUUUCAGUUUCUCUUAGUUUUCUAUUUAUCUCCCUCUCUUAAGGACAUCACGAAGGACGAUAUAUCACUUCUGCUCUAACAUUUUUUACGGAUUGCGUUAUGCGACCAAUUGCUUGUCACUCUCAAGAUUCGCUUUUAAUCAAGAGCAUUGUGUCACAAAUCAUUUGUGAUGCAAUGCUCUUUAUUAAAAGCAAGUUGUAGUCAAGAGCUGGAAAGUGCUUGAAACAGCGAUGACGGAAAAACUUUCUUGACCAACAUACUGCCGACAGAAUGACACGUAGAUGUGGAAUACUGUAAAACAAUGGACCGGACCCGUCUAGCGUCAAUUAAGCGUGUAGUUUAGUAAAAACAUAGAGAUGAAAAAGGGCUUAAUGAUCUGCUAUAAAAGAUCAUACCCGAAGCUCUUCGUGUAGUAAAAAUAAAUGAGCAUUGAAAAAGAAA